CAGCUAGGUCCUCUCUGCUCAGUAUUUCUGGAUGUAAAAUAUCAACAACGACUGCCUCCGGUUCAUCGUCCUGCUCCAUUUUGUCGUGUUUGGGUCACGGGUCGUGUCAAAGGUCAUUAAAUGGCGGCGUCCAUGGAUUCUGCAGCUGCCCCGCAUUUCACAACACAUCGCAACUAAACUCAGCAUCUACAUGCGCAUUUCUGCAGAUUAUACGCAGUUUUACCACAAUCGGAUAUUGGAUUAGACUUAAAAUAACGCGUUUCAACGUAAUGAUAGGGCCUAGUCUGAAGGUAAAAAAAUUAAAAGCUUUGGAUUCAACAGAAGUUUCACUGGAGAUGUAGGUUUCUUUUAGCAGGCAAAGACAACCACUUGUCAAUGCCAUGGCUGAGGCAAGGAUAAUGGAAGGAAGCUACAUGUAUGUGGUCAUUGGUGGUGGCAUUGCGGGGGUUACGUGUGCCGAGCAGCUGUCUGCAUUGUGUCCUGAAGAACAGAUCCUACUGGUCACAAGCUCACCCCUCAUCAAGGCAGUCACAAACUUCACAAAGAUCUCCAGAGCCUUGGAAGAAUUUGAUGUGGAGGAACGCCCUGCUAGCAGUAUGCAGACGCAGUGUACAAAUGUCCAAGUCUUGCAAUGCACUGUUGACAGCCUAGAUGCUGCAGACCACAGGCUCACCACACGUGAGGGCUCCACGGUAGCAUACCGUAAACUGUGCAUUUGCACGGGGGGACAGCCCAAAGUGAUUGCUCGAGACAACCCGUAUGUUUUGGGCAUCCGGGACACGGAGAGCGUAGUCACGUUUCAGAAGCGGAUGUCGGGAGCCAAGCGUGUGGUCGUCGUCGGCAACGGCGGCAUCGCGACUGAGCUUGUCUAUGAGAUUGAAGGAUGCCAGGUGGUGUGGGCUAUCAAGGAUGAUGCUAUCAGCAGCACCUUCGUGGACGCUGGUGCGGCAGAGUUCUUCCUGCCGCAAUUGAGCGCCGAGAAGGAGACGGCAAAGGGGCCCCUCAAGAGACACAAGUACACUGUCAGUAGUGGCACAGGUGGGGGUUCUGACACCCAAGGGGGUGCCCUGGGCCCUGACUGGAGCACAGGGUUGAUGAUGAAGGGCCAAGCCGAAGGCUCGCACAACAUCCGUGUGGAGUACAAGUGUGAGGUUGAUGGUAUACUUACACCUGAACAAGUGGCCACAUCAGGACGGACUCCUGACGCCUUUUUGGAAACCCAAGAAUUCAAGGAAACUGUUUCUUGGCCUGUGUAUGUUUCUCUCACCAAUGGCAAGCUCUACGGCUGUGACUUUGUCAUUAGUGCAACUGGCGUUACACCCAACGCCGGUGCAUUUCUGAAGACGACGAGCUUCAACGUAGCUGAGGACGGCGGUUUGAAGGUGGAUGAUCACAUGAGGACCAACGUCCCCGACAUCUACGCAGCGGGCGACGUGUGCACAGCGUCGUGGGACCCAGCUCCCCACUGGCUCCAGAUGCGUCUCUGGUCCCAGGCGCGCCAGAUGGGGGCCUACGCCGCCAAGUGCAUGGUGGCCAACGUCCGCCAGGAGCCCAUCUCCCAGGACUUCUGCUUUGAGCUCUUUGCCCACGCCACCAGGUUCUUCGGCUACAAAGUGGUGCUUCUGGGCAAGUUCAACGCCCAGGGGCUGGGCUCCGACUACGAGAUGCUCCUUCGAAUGACCAAGGGGGAGGAGUACGUGAAGGCGGUGCUGAAAGAUGGGCGGAUGCAAGGAGCCGUGCUGAUUGGAGAAACGGACUUGGAGGAAACCUUUGAGAACUUGAUUCUCAAUAAGAUAGACCUAAGUGCUUAUGGGGAGAACCUUCUAGAUCCGAACAUAGACAUUGAAGACUAUUUUGACUGAACAAAAAUGUAGCAAUAUCAAGCAACUUACAAAUCUGUUACUGUACAAAUUUAUUUGAAAUUUACAUCAUGGACAAAGUGAAUAGUUCCAGUCACAUGGCCAGUGAAUCUCACAAAGAAACUUUCAUAAUUUUUAAGCAGUAAUGGUCAACAGUAAUGUUUAUACCUGAUUACUAACGCUCCAGUAGGCACCGCCUUGUGCACUGAUUUUGUAAACACUGGUCGGCGUCAAUCAAAUCUGCACCUACUGUAUGUUCCAUGCAAAACAAUACCUCAUUAUUUUGUGCCUUACAUGUUUCAUGGGCUUUUUGUGCAAUGUCUGAUGAAAAUGCAUUUUUUGGGAGGGGCUCACUGAGUACAACAUAUAUCACCAAGCACAACGUAUAUCCCAUUAACCACCUGCUACUGGGGAACCCGGUUUUGAGUACCUUGGGUUUGUAUGCAUAGCCGGGGUGCUUGAAAUAGGACAAAAGAGCUGGACCUUGUAACAGAAGACCCUACUUGGAACAAAAGCCCAAGCUGCUGGGAAUUGCCAACAUUCAUUCUGUUGUCAAUGGCGGAGGAAAUCCGUUGCUGUUUUGAAAGAUUAUACCACUGUUUGAGGCAUUCAGUGCGAGCGGAUUACCGCUGGGAAUAAAAGUGCUCCAGCA